AACAAUAGCAAAAGAAGACAAUCAUCGUCUUCCAAUUCACUACUGAUACAAAAUAUAUAGAAAUAGAGAGAGACAGAGAAAGAGGCAUCGAUUUGUGCGUGUGGAUGUGCAUGUAAUAAAUUAUAAAAAAGAUGUCUGGGAUGAUGCUUGUGCUGCUGCUAUGCCUUUCAGUGGGGACAAUGUCGGUAGUCCACUGUGGAGAUCCUACCAUUUUCUUCACAUGGAAUGUGACCUACGGAACCCUCUCACCCCUUGGAGUUCCCCAGCAAGUCAUUCUCAUAAAUGGCCAAUUUCCUGGACCCAACAUUAACUCCACCACCAACAACAACGUUAUCGUCAACGUCUUCAAUAACCUUGACGAGCCAUUCCUCAUCACAUGGGUGGGUGUCCAGCAGAGGAAGAAUUCAUGGCAAGAUGGAGUUCUUGGAACCAUGUGCCCCAUCCCCCCCGGAACGAACUACACCUACAAAUUCCAAGUCAAGGAUCAGAUUGGAAGCUUCAUGUACUACCCUGUAACGGCCAUGCAUAGGGCAGCCGGUGCCUUUGGAGGCCUCCGCAUCAACAGCCGUAAUUUGAUUCCCGUUCCUUACGCUGCUCCCGAGGAUGAUUACACUGUCAUGAUCGGUGACUGGUACUCCAAAAGCCAUAGUCAACUCAAGAAAUUCUUGGACAGCGGCCGCGCCAUGGCCAGGCCUGACGGCGUCCUCAUUAACGGCAAAUCAGCAAAAGGAGAUGGCAAGGACGAGCCACUUUUCACCAUGAAGGCUGGCAAAACUUACAAGUACAGGAUCUGCAACGUGGGGCUCAAGAACUCCCUCAACUUUAGGAUCCAAGGCCACCAAAUGAAGCUUGUUGAGACGGAGGGCUCCCACACCGUCCAAAACACCUACGAUUCGCUUGAUGUGCAUAUUGGCCAAUGCUUUGCGGUGCUUGUCACAGCUGACAAGGAGCCCAAAGACUACUAUAUGGUGGCUUCCACCCGGUUCUCCAAGAGUGUGCUCACCGGCAAAGGCAUCAUCCGCUACGAAAAUGGUAAGGGACCCGCCUCCCCUGAAGUCCCAAAGGCUCCCGUAGGAUGGGCCUGGUCUCUCAACCAGUUUCGUUCCUUCCGCUGGAACCUCACUGCCAGCGCUGCCAGGCCUAACCCUCAGGGCUCCUACCACUAUGGAAAGAUUAACAUCACCCGCACCAUCAAGCUCAUCAACUCUGCUAGCAAGGCCGACGGGAAGCUUCGCUAUGCCAUCAACGGAAUCUCCCACGUGGACCCUGAAACCCCACUCAAGUUGGCCGACUACUAUGGAAUCCGUGAGAAGGUCUUCAAGUUCGACACCAUGAAGGUUGAUCCCCAGUCGACACCUGCAGAAAAGAUCACCAUGGAACCCAAUGUUCUUAAUAUAACAAUCAAAGACUUCGUGGAGAUCAUCUUUGAGAACCCCGAGAAGAGCCUCCAGACAUGGCAUUUGAACGGAUACGCCUUCUUCGCUGUCGCCGUGGAGCCCGGGAAGUGGACCCCAGAAAAGAGGAAGAACUACAACCUUCUCGACGCCGUGAGCAGGCACACCAUCCAAGUGUUCCCCAAAUCUUGGGCUGCCAUCCUGCUGACAUUCGACAACGCCGGAAUGUGGAAUCUUAGGUCAGAGCAGCCGGAGAGGCGCUACCUAGGACAACAGCUCUACGUGGGAGUUGAAAAUAUUAAACGCUCCCUCAGGAAUGAGUACAAUAUGCCAGACACUGCCCUUGUCUGUGGCCUCGUCAAGGGCAUGCCUAAGCCCCCGCCUUACAGCACGUAAGAUAUUUCACCGCCAUGCUAUGCCGCUUCACACUAGCUAUAUAUGACAUAGAUACCAGCAUGGAUGGAGAUGACAGCGGGGGAUUCGAAUAGUGUGCGCGUGUGAGACAGGAGAGAUCAUUACAAUUUAUGUAUUUCUUCGCAGCUAAUUUAAGCAAACAAAGUUAGGGAACGGUAAAGAAUAAGGGCUGGAAUGUAUGCCAUUAAAUUUUCCUAUCAGAUAAAAUAAAAGAGAAGAAAUCCCAUUAAAUUUUUGUACUUUCAUUUAAUUUGGAAUUUUUUUAUCAUCUCCCUUUUGUACAAGAUUUUAUCAUUAAUAGCCAAAUUUUAUG